AUGUAUUGUAAUGUUAUCAGCUUAAGCUUUUUUCUAGUACUUAUAUGCUUUGCCAAUUUCCUGAAAGUUGCCUCCGCAUCAAAAUCAUCUAAUGUUAUAGAUGCCAAAAGUUCCUUACAAUUGACUAAAUCUUUGUCACGCUUGGAUAAUAUAAAAAUAACCAAUAAAAAAGCCAAAAGCUCUAAGAAACCAGAAGAAACUAAUGAUUAUGAAGAUGACUAUGAUGACAAUGAUGGGGACGAAGAGGGUGGUUAUGAAAAUGAGAAUGUUGGUGGCGGUAGUGGUGGAAAACAUGGUUCACGCCAAAGAAAUAUUAACAUUAUCAAGAGAGUAGGCACCACUUAUGCCUGGGGUCGCUGGGAGAAAUGGAGUAGAUGUUCGAAUUCGUGUGUGCAAAUACGAAAAAGACAGUGUAUUAAAAGAAUACAAAAUACCACCGACUCUGAUGCUUUGGAAAUCACUUUCUAUCCCGAUUUAGCCGACAAGACCACCGGCUGUUUUGGCAUUAUGAAAAAAUACCGCCUGUGUAAAGAUGAGAAAUGUAAAUUUACCAAUCGUCAAAUGCGCGAUGAACAAUGUUCGGCCUAUAAUCGCCAGCAGUAUAAAGGAAAAUUCUAUACAUGGCAGGGCUAUGAAAAGGAACAUAAUGAAUGUGAAUUGUAUUGUAAACCCAUUGAUUCCGAUAUAUUCAUUAGUAUGAAUCAAUCAGUAACUGAUGGGACGCCAUGCGAGAAACCAGCCGUUUAUUAUACACAUUAUUAUAGGCGGAAGGCGGUCUGUGUGGAGGGCAUAUGCAAGGCCGUCCAUAGUACCGGCGCCAUACGCCCGGCCACCACCAAAGACAGCCAAGAAAAAUGUGGCUGUUUGUGUCGUAAAGUUAGUGAAAUCUUUUCACAAUCGAAAUUAAAUCAUGGCUAUAAUUAUAUAACCAGUAUACCGGCGGGAGCCAUGAAUUUGACUAUUAAACAAGUGGCUAAGAGUAGUAAUUUGAUAGCCUUGAAAACCACCGACGACAUUUAUAUCAUAAAUGGCAAUAAUAAAGCCUCCGAGGGUGGUAUAUUUUUAUACGAUGAUGAUGUCUACGACUAUAAUAAAGAGACUAGUACUAUUUUGGCCAAGGGACCUCUACGUAAACCGGUGAAACUUAUGCUUUUAGUGCGUACCCUUAAUCCGGGCAUUAGUUAUACUUAUACUUUACCCGUGGCCUCCGCUUCCAUAAGUGAACCAGAGGAAUUGCAAAGCCAAUGGAAUGAGUUGGGUCAACCUCUAGAUGAAAUAGAUGAGAAUUCGAUUAAAGGUUCGGGAAGCUCUCAACUUGCUAGAGCUAAGGAGAAGAAACGUAGAAGAUUUUCUUGGGAAUUGUUGGGUUUUGGGCCCUGUAAUCGUUCCUGUGGUCGUGGCAUACAGUUGCCUAUUUUUAGAUGUAUACGAGAUUCACCUACCAAGGAAUCUUUAAGUCGAUAUUAUUCACCCAAAAGAUGUGCUUUCAUAGAGAAACCACAAUUCAGCGAAGAUAUAUAUCAUUGUAACCGAGGCCUUUGCCCGGCCUACUGGCGUCCUUUGGAAUAUGGUGAAUGCGAGUGUGCUGAGGGUCAGGCCGAAGGGGUACGCAGUCGUAAGUUGCAAUGUGUACAAGAACAAGCUAGUGGCAGUAUAGAGGAAGUGGAGGAAACAAAGUGUAAAACUGAAAAACUACCCGAUCUAAAGGAAACUUGUAAUUGUCAUCUAAUGGCUAAAAGGAAAAUUUAUGCACGUAAUCCUGAUAAUACACCGAAAAUGUAUUCAAGACUUAUUGGCUCACCGGGAGCGGUGAAAAGUGUUUUAGGUAAACGUCAUUUAAACUCCUCCACGGCCCCUCCCCUGAGGCGUUUCCAUCGUGAUGAUCGUUUCGAUAAGUCUGGUGUUUGGCUUAUGUCCGAUUGGAGUGAUCAAUGUUCACAAGACUGCAAUGUUGGCUUUGAACAUCGCACUAUUUACUGUGAUCGUACCGCACCCUAUACCGAUCUUUGCGAUGCCCGCUUAACACCCGAACAAAAACGUUCCUGCUCCAUACGUUCAUGUCACAAGGGAUCUUGGUUUACAUCGGCUUGGUCUAAUUGUACGGGAGAAUGUUUUAAUAUGCAGCGUACUCGAAAGGUAUUAUGUAUUAUGGAUGGAUUUGUUGUGGAUGCAGCACAAUGUUCACCGGACACUAAACCCACAGAAGCGGAAAAUUGUACCCGACAUGAUAACGAAUUUUGUGGACCAAAAUGGCAUUAUUCGGAAUGGUCGGAGUGCUCCCGCCCAUGUGGUGAAGGUGUUCAACGACGCUACGCUAAAUGUCUCGAAUUUGAUUGGAAACAAAACGCCAUGAUCGAAUCGAAUAAAUGUAAAUAUUUGGAAAGAGAACCCGUCUACGGUGCCUGUAAUUUGGCCAAAUGUGAAGAAUUGAAAAAGCAGCAAUAUAACAGUGGUGCUGCUGCAACCGCCAACGAUAUGGAACAAUUGCAAACAGACUAUGAACACAAUUAUGGCUUGGAAGCAGAGGAGGAUAUAUUGGGUGAUGUUGGUGUUAGUAAACAUAAAGUUUAUAGAGAUUUGUUAGCGGGCAAAGAGAAAUUUGUAAUAGCAGCGGCGCCACAAAGCCUACAAACUUGUAAUGAUGAGUUAAAUAAUUGUAAACGUAUUAAUCGUGAACGUCUGUGUAAAUUGGAAUUUUAUCGAACAUAUUGUUGUCAAUCGUGCCAUGGUUAUUAGUAGGGAGUGAUGAGGGACAAUAGGAAAAGGAAGAGAAAUCGUAAAAAUAAACCAAGAAGAAGGGAAAAAGUACCAAAUACUAAGUAUAUGAUGUGAAAGAAUCCAAAUCAGAAAUAGAAAAGACUCUAGUCUCUAGUCCAGACUAUAGUCCAGACUAUAGAAUGGACUAUAGAAUAGACUUUAGACUAGGCUAUAGACCAGGCUAUAGACUAGACUAUAGAUUAGACUA